AUGAGAAUAUGUCUUGACAUUGGUCAUAGCUUUGAGCUUUAUGAGCGUGGAAUUGGGUCUAGCAAGUCAGACAAGGAGUUCGCCAUCCGACUCAGUCUCUCGGAAGGCGCACAUUCGUCGAACGUGCUAGAUUCUGCAAUCGACGCCAGGCACGCGUUGAACGUGCAAAACCGAAAAAGCUAUCAAAGCACUUCAGUAGAGUGCCUGAGGCAAGUCAAAAACUUCAAUGCAAGUAGGAAGUUGCUCAAUGGGCAGCAGGAAUACAUCACGGAGCCCGAAACACCUGUACGCCCUCGCCCAUCCAGAAUCUCAUUUUUCACGCCAACGGACGUCAGUAGUAGUGAAGCAGAAAGAUGA